UCGGAGAACAGGAUGCAGGUCCACGUCGGGCUGACGUUGCUGCUCUGCGCGGUGCUCCUGAGCUCGGCGACCGCGUCCUCCGAUGACGAAAGUAACCAGGACGAAUCCAUAGAUUCCAAGAGUUCUUUGCCAGCCGAUGAGUCGGUGAAGGACCACUCCACCACAGGCAGAGUGGUUGCUGGCCAGAUAUUUGUUGAUUCUGAGGACCCAGAGGUGGAGUCCCCUCUUCAGGAAGAGGAAGAGAGCUCCAAGACUGAGGAGGAAGUCAGUGUCGGUGAAGAAAUCAGCUUUGUAGAAUCUCCAAGUCUAAGCAGCAAGAGCUAUGAAGAAGCAAAGAGAGCCCGGAAACCAGUUUUGACCGCCAUUGAGGGUACGGCGCACGGAGAGCCCUGCCACUUCCCUUUCCUUUUCCUGGAUAAGGAGUAUGACGAGUGCACGUCAGACGGGAGGCAAGACGGCAGGCUGUGGUGUGCCACAACCUAUGACUACAAGACAGAUGAGAAGUGGGGCUUCUGCGAAACUGAAGAAGAUGCUGCAAAAAGACGGCAGAUGCAGGAAGCAGAAAUGAUUUACCAGGCUGGGAUGAAGAUACUGAAUGGGAGCAACAGAAAGAGCCAAAAGAGAGAAGCAUAUCGGUAUCUUCAAAAGGCAGCAGGCAUGAAUCACACCAAAGCCCUGGAGAGAGUAUCCUACGCUCUCUUAUUUGGUGAUUACCUCACACAGAAUAUCCAUGCGGCUAAAGAGAUGUUUGAGAAACUGACCGAGGAAGGUUCUCCCAAAGGACAAACUGCUCUUGGCUUUCUCUACGCCUCUGGACUCGGUGUUAAUUCAAGUCAGGCAAAGGCUCUUGUAUAUUAUACUUUUGGAGCCCUUGGAGGCAAUCUGAUAGCCCAUAUGGUUUUGGGUUACCGGUACUGGGCUGGCAUCGGAGUCCUCCAGAGUUGUGAGUCGGCACUGACCCAUUAUCGUCUUGUUGCCAACCAUGUUGCUAGCGAUAUCUCCCUGACCGGAGGCUCAGUAGUCCAGAGAAUACGGCUGCCUGAUGAAGUGGAAAACCCAGGGAUGAACAGUGGGAUGCUGGAAGAGGAUUUGAUUCAGUAUUACCAGUUCCUGGCUGAGAAGGGUGACGUACAAGCACAGGUUGGUCUGGGACAACUGCAUCUGCAUGGAGGGCGUGGAGUAGAACAGAAUCACCAGAGAGCAUUUGACUACUUCAACUUAGCAGCAAAUGCUGGCAAUUCACAUGCGAUGGCCUUCCUGGGAAAGAUGUAUUCUGAAGGAAGCGACAUCGUCCCUCAGAGUAAUGAGACAGCACUUCACUACUUCAAGAAAGCCGCGGACAUGGGCAACCCCGUGGGACAGAGCGGGCUUGGAAUGGCCUACCUCUAUGGAAGAGGAGUUCAAGUUAAUUAUGACCUGGCACUCAAGUAUUUCCAGAAAGCUGCUGAGCAAGGCUGGGUGGAUGGGCAGCUGCAGCUUGGCUCUAUGUACUACAAUGGCAUUGGAGUCAAGAGAGAUUAUAAGCAGGCCUUGAAGUAUUUUAAUUUAGCUUCUCAAGGAGGCCAUAUCCUGGCUUUCUAUAACCUGGCACAGAUGCACGCCAGCGGCACAGGGGUGAUGAGGUCCUGUCACACUGCGGUGGAGUUGUUUAAGAACGUGUGUGAGCGAGGCCGCUGGUCGGAGAGGCUCAUGACUGCCUACAACAGCUAUAAAGACGGGGACUACAAUGCUGCAGUGGUCCAGUACCUCCUGCUGGCCGAACAGGGCUACGAAGUGGCACAGAGCAACGCAGCCUUCAUCCUUGACCAGAGAGAAGCAACCAUUGUAGGUGAGAAUGAGACUUACCCCAGAGCUUUGCUGCAUUGGAACAGGGCCGCCUCUCAAGGUUAUACCGUGGCUAGAAUUAAACUUGGAGACUACCAUUUCUAUGGGUUUGGCACUGAUGUGGAUUACGAGACUGCUUUUAUUCAUUACCGAUUGGCUUCGGAGCAACAACACAGUGCCCAAGCUAUGUUUAACCUGGGCUACAUGCAUGAGAAGGGCCUAGGCAUUAAACAGGAUAUUCACCUUGCAAAACGCUUUUAUGACAUGGCAGCCGAGGCUAGCCCAGAUGCACAAGUUCCUGUCUUCCUUGCACUCUGCAAAUUGGGUGUCGUCUAUUUCUUACAGUACAUACGGGAAGCAAAUAUCCGAGACAUAUUCACCCAACUGGAUAUGGACCAGCUUCUGGGACCCGAGUGGGACCUUUACCUCAUGACCAUCAUCGCGCUCCUGUUGGGUACGGUCAUAGCUUACAGACAGAGACAGCACCAGGAUGUGCCGGUACCCAGGCCCCCAGGGCCACGGCCAGCUCCUCCCCAGCAGGAAGGACCACCAGAGCAGCAGCCACCACAGUAGCAGCCACACACCCGCCUGGGUCCGUGACCUCUAGGGAGCUGCUU